AUGUCCCGCAGUGUAACUGUGCCCUGUAAUGCCCUGCUCGACAUCACCUUCUUUGGUCAGGCAGCUCAGGAAGGAGAGACCUGCGCUAAGACUCAAGGUGUCAAUAUCUACAGCAUCGGGCUCAACCAAACCGAGGUACCUGUAUGGGAGUCGUUUAUGGAGCAGUUACUGCAUUUUCAUCGCAAGAAUCCCACUUACGAUGGCCGCUUUCUCGUGCAACGGUAUCCCAUUCAAGAGCCCCUAGUCACACCGAAAUCGGAUACUGCCUAUCCCCACCGACAGAUAAAGAUGCAUAUCAGCAACAUUGAGGGACGGUAUACAGACCCCUACAUUGAAGACCCAGUCAACGCCUUCUUGCAUGAGUCUCGCCACCAUUUCCAGUUGUCCAGUGGCUUUGACAAACUGGCCGUUUAGGUCAAUUAUGCCCAUGCCGAUGAAGGGCCAGAUGUAUGGUAUACCUCGGAAAAGCUGGACAACUCACUCGGCUGAAGCAAGCCUGAGGUCCUGCAGAGCGACUCAGCUGCAAUAAUGC